AUGCCCCUCAACAAGGCCGAGCCACAAAACAUCAGACAGAAUCCCCGUCGUCGUCUCCCGUCUAUAUCCUUCCUCUUCCUCCUUUCCUCCAUCAUCGUCGUGACCCUGGCUAUCCUGUCUUUACGAGCCUUCCCACGGCUCUCCCUCCUCUCGAACCACUUCGCCCCGCGAGCCUACUUCUUCUCGACAAACACAAACGUACACAAUAAGAACCCCUACACCGCCAUGUCCUCGUACGCCAAGGAGCUCGAGGUCGCCCAGCUGGCCGUCCAGCGCGCCUCCAUCCUCACCAAGCGCGUCUUCCACGAGAAGGCAAAGGGCACCGUCGACAAGAACGACAAGUCCCCCGUCACCAUCGGCGACUUCGGCGCCCAGGCCCUCAUCAUCGCCGCUCUGCGCAAGCACUUCCCCGAGGACGAGAUCGUCGCCGAGGAGGAGGCCGCUCAACUGCGCUCCGACGCCGGUCUGCGCGACCAGAUCUGGAACCUCGUCCGGACCACCAAGCUCGACGAUUCCCAGGCCGAGUCCCUCCUCGGCGGCCCCAUCGAGUCCGCCGACAGCAUGCUCGACCUCAUCGACCGCGGCAACAGCAAGGGCGGCGCCACCGGCCGCAUCUGGGCCAUUGACCCCAUCGACGGCACGAAGGGCUUCCUCCGCGGCGGCCAGUACGCCGUCUGCCUGGCCCUCAUGGUCGACGGCGACGUCAAGGUCGGCGUCCUCGGCUGCCCCAACCUGCCCGUCGACGACAAGGCGCCCCUGACGGCCGACAUUGGCUCCAACGCCUCCGACAACACGGGCUACGGCGUCAUCUUCUCCGCCGUCCAGGGCCAGGGCGCCACCUCGCGGCCCCUGAAGACGGGCGCCAUCGCCGACGGCGCUCCCAUCUCCAUGAAGCCCCUCACCGAGAUGUCGGCCGCCACCUUCUGCGAGAGCGUCGAGGCCGGCCACAGCGCGCACGACGACCAGGCCCAGAUCGCCGCCAAGCUCGGCAUCACCAAGCCCAGCGUCCGCAUGGACAGCCAGAGCAAAUACGGCUCCAUCGCCCGCGGCGCCGGCGACAUCUACCUGCGUCUGCCCGUCAAGGCUACCUACCAGGAGAAGAUCUGGGACCACGCGGCCGGCGACCUGAUUGUGCGCGAGGCCGGUGGCCAGGUUACGGAUAUUCAGGGCAAGAGGCUCGACUUCUCCGUCGGCAGGACGUUGGCGAACAACAAGGGGGUCAUCGCCGCCCCGGCGGCUGUGCACGGCGACGUUUUGAAGGUUGUCCAGGAGGUGUUGAGCCAAAAAUCAAGCUAG